GAAGCGUCUUCUACAUGAAUCACUUGUCACCCUGUUGUGUAGGCUGCAUGCUGUCGACCCGGAAGUUAAAUACUCCAGUAGAGAUAAAGAGUCCCUGGUUGGCGAACGGAGGUUCGAAUAUACUCGGAGUUCUGGAUGGGACAUGUCAGGAUAAUAUAAUCCAUAUGUACAACGUAGUGUGAGAUCUAGUGUUCCCUUGUGUCACACAAAGUUCAUGAUGGAGAAGAGGAUCGGGACUCACUUGGUGUUUCUAGCUGCGUUGAUUGUCAGUGUUUCAGUGUUUGGCCAGACAAUCCGAUUGGUGUCCCCUCUGAACAACGGUGUUGGGAGAAUUGAGGUGUUCUAUAACGGCACAUGGGGCACUGUUUGUGACGAUGACUUUGGGGUAGAUGAAGCCAAGGUGGCCUGCAGACAACUGGGACGAUAUAAAAGCGGACUUAUACCAAGGGCAAUUGGAUCUUUUGGUUUUGGAGGAGGAAAGAUUUGGUUGGAUGACAUGAGUUGCUCCGGUACCGAGUCAUCUUUGGCCAGCUGUUCACACAGACCAUGGGGAGUCAACAAUUGUGGUCACAGUGAAGAUGUUGGCAUCAUAUGUGAUCCAAGUGACAUAACGAUGAAGCUGACACCGAGCUACCACCAAGGACUCCUGCAGGUGUACCACUCCGGUAGAUGGGGCACAGUGUGUGAUGAUGGCUUUGGACAAGUAGAAGCAUCAGUAGUGUGCAGGGCUCUUGGGUACCAAGGAGGAAAGGCCAUCGUUGUUCCAGACAGUUCCAUAACAAUGUGGUUGGAUGACGUGCAGUGCACGAUGCGGAACACAGAUCUGAAAGACUGCAAUCACAGACCAUGGGGGAGUGAUGACUGUAGCGACUCUGAAGCUGUUGGUGUCCAGUGUUUUUCAUUUCCUGAAGAUUCUACAGCAGCAAGACUUGUCUCCACCACCAACACGCCAGGGGAGGGAGUGCUGGAGCUGUACCAUGGUGGACAAUGGGGAAGAGUCUGCUAUACUGGGUUCGGAGUGGAAGAGGCAACAGUUGUCUGUAGAAUGUUGGGACACAGCAUUAUUGGGGCCCUCGCCAGCUCACAUUUAAACACCGGCAGUUCAUCACAGCAUGUCAUCCUAGAUAAGGUCCAGUGUCUUGGGACAGAGCUCUCUCUCAAUGAAUGUCUUCACUAUCCAUGGGGUAGUGUUACCUGUUCCUCAACAGUAGUCGGAAUACAGUGUCCCUCUGCUGAUCUUCAAAUACGCUUGAAUUCGACAACUCGUGGACGGGGUCGGGUAGAAGUACUUCACAACAAUGUCUGGGGAACAGUUUGUAGAGGGUCGUCGUUUUCCUCACAGGAGGCACAAGUUGUGUGUAAAAUGGCAAAUCUGCCCUGGACGACCGCCUAUGUGACUACAUCUUCUGGGCCAGGUGAAGGAAUUAUUUGGCUGAGUAACGUCGACUGUACGGGAACCGAGACCUCCCUGUAUCAUUGUUCCCACUCUGGAUGGGGAACCGCGCCGAGCUGUUCUCACAGUAGUGAUGUGGGCGUGGUGUGCCGUGGAGCAACCCUGAAUAUCCACCUUGAGCCGACGGGAACUGUCCUCAGCGUCAUCAUUGGUCAGGUGGUCAGUGUCAAGUGUGUGAUCGGUUACUCCAACUCCCCGGUCACUUCGUUCAAAUGGGCACACAGGGGACAAUCAUACAGUGGGCAAACCUUCAGUAAAACAAUAACUUCCAAAGCUGACUCUGGCAGUUUAACAUGCAGUGUACAGACUGAGAGCGCCUCCACUCGACUCAAUGUUCUGUACCCGCCAGUGGUACAUCUGGAACCAAGAAAUGACACCCUGGAUGUCGGUGUCGGCGAAGACCUUAGUGUACGGUGUGUUGCGGAUGACGCCAACCCUGGUGUCCACACAUUCCAGUGGUCUCACAACGGUCAAACGAGUACUGGGUCGACAUUCCUCAAACGUAAAAUAUCCAAGUCUGACCAAGGGCAACUGACCUGUACUGCUGAUAAUGGACACAUGAUGACACCUGGACGGGCAGUUGCAACUGUAAACGUCAGAUAUCCACCAGAGAUUCAUCUGUCACCAAGGCAAGGUGUCAUCAGUGUCAUUGCUGGUGAUGCCGUUGAAGUCGAAUGUGUCGUCGACGACGCCAACCCUGCUGUCACCUCGUACACGUGGUGUCACAACGACAAUAUCAGUCAUGGACAGACUUUUAUGAAGCAUGUGUCUUCUGAUGAUGCGGGAAACCUAUCGUGCUCCGCUACGAAUGAACAGGGAACAUCUACUGUAGAAACAAGGAUCAAUGUCUUGCAAGUUUCCGCGGAGAUCGGGAGUGAUGACACUACAUGCCAGGAUAAACCGAUUGCCAUAGUAAUAGGAUCUGUUGGCAUAGUUACCAUUAUCAUCCUUCUCAUCAUCAUUAUACACCUGAGGAGGAGACUGCGUGCUGCAAAACCUGAGCAUGAGCCAAAGAGAACUGAGCAGACGUCAAGGGCAGAUGAAAUACCUGCAAGAGGCCGCAAUUACGAGAGCAUGGAAACGCCCAGUGAAGGUGCUGAGCAUAGCUAUUGCGAGAUUGACUUGACACAAAAAUCAGAUGGGAAUCCUGACCACGUCUAUGGCAACAGUGGAUUUGAAGAUGAAGAAAACAUACGUCAAAAAAGAGGAACUGCUUCGGGCACAAGCCACAGCAACAUCCAGCUUGAAAUGAGCGAAAACAAACGUCAAAAACGAGGAAAGGAGAGGAAAGUGAGAUCAUCCAAAGGACAAGCGUACAAUGAUGAAUCCGUCUAUGAAAACACCACCUUCAGGAACCAGUUGCCCAUGUAAAUAUGGGUGCUGAUGUCAUCACGUCACCUGAACACCUAUCUGCAUCUGCGAUUAGUUUAUUUACGAUACAUUAAUGUUAUUAUAUAGUUCCUUAUUGUUAAUGUUACCAUAGUCAGAUUUUGUUAUUACACCCGUAUAUAUCUAUGUAUAUAUAAUUAUGUAUAACUCUACAUGCCGACUCAUUG